AUGGACGACGGUGACAUCGGCAAGGAGGACGCCAACAAGCAGCGCCUCGAGUGGGCCACCAUGAACCUGGAGCGCGGCGUCGUCGCCGGUGGCGAGAAAGGCGGCGACGGCAAUGGGAAUGCGAGCCGGAACCGGAAGCCGCCGAUAGGCAUCGUCCGGCUCUUCUUGGCCUGCAUCGUCUCCGGCGGCAUCCAGUACGGCUGGGCGCUGCAGCUCUCCCUCCUCUCGCCCUACUCUCAGACUCUUGGGAUCUCGCACAGCUACGUGUCUCUGACAUGGAUCUGCGGGCGUAUCGCCAAAUUUGUGGUGCAACCCAUCGUGGGCUACUACAGCGACCGGUGCGCCUCGAAGAUGGGCCGGAGGAGGCCCUUCAUCCUCGCUGGAUGCAUCAUCAUAUGCCUCUCUGUGAUGAUGAUCGGGUUCUCGGCGGAUAUCGGGCGGCGCCUCGGCGACACCAAAGAGCACUGCAGCACGUUCACCGGCUCCCGCUGGUACGACGCCGCCGUCUACAUUGUUGGCUUUUGGUUCCUCGACUUUGCCAACAACACGGUCCAGGGACCGGCUCGCGCCAUGAUGGCCGACCUAGCUGCUGGACAGCACGGCCCCAACGUUGGCCAGGCCAUCUUCACCCUGUGGAUGGCUCUCGGCAGCGUGCUCGGAUACUUGGCCGGCGCCAACGCGAAAUGGCACCAGUGGCUCCCUUGGCUCAAAACCGCGGCGUGCUGCGAUGCCUGCGCGAACCUCAAGGGCGCCUUCUUGACUGCGUUGAUCCUCAUUAUAAUCACCAUGUCGGUCACCUUGUGGCUCACCGGCGAGCAGCAACUCGACAAGCAGGACAACGUCGUCGACGCCUCCGGCGGCGGCGCGUGCCCCUUGUUCGUCGAUCUCUUUAAGAGCCUCAAGAACCUUCCCCCUGCCAUGUUCCGCGUGCUCGCCGUCACCUGGCUCUCGUGGUUCCCGUUCAUCCAGUACAACACCGACUGGGGAUGGGCCGGGAGAUCGUCCACGGCGAGCCGCAGGGCGCGGGCGGCAAGGCGGACCUGGCUGGUGAUCGCGCUCAGCGCAGGCCCCAUCGAAGGCGCCUUCAACAAAGGAAACGCCCCGGCCUUGGGCAUCGGCGGCGCCGUCUUCGCCCUCAUCAGCGCGGUCCUGGCGCUCGUCCUUCUCCCAAAGAAGAGAGGCGUGUCCAACAACGCCACCGUCAUGGCGGGCGGCCACUGA